GUAGACGCUCGAUCGUCGAUCAGUCGUCGCCGCGCGUUCGCGGGGAGUCCAUCGUGCGAGUCCGUCGUUUCGUCUUCUUCGGACAAGUUCGUUCUCUCUCGAGAAUAUACGAUCAUCGUAUCUCGAAGGCUUCUUUAUACGAAUAAAUAAAUCGAAGUAGAAGAUAAGAAGUAAGAUAAUAAAAGAAAGAAGAAAGAAAAAAGAAAAGAAAAGGAAAAAAAAAAACAGAAAAGAACAUUAAAAGAAAAAUCGAGUUAAGUUAUCUAUCUCGUGUAAGCGCUCGCAGGAUGACGAGGAUCAAGAACGAUCCUUUUAAUAUUAUCGUGGUACGACGCGUUCUGUGACGUUUCAUGUCCCACUUCGAAGUUAUGAUCAAGGAGAUCAAAGAAAUAAGAUAAGAGAUCAUCAAACACAUAUACCUACAUUUUUAUAUCGUCGACGGAAAAUGCCAAGGAUCGCACGGGAUACGAUAGUCGUCCUUUGGUGGAUCCGGCGAUCCAUCCUGGCAUAUUGCAUCAGAAAUCUGACACGACCCUCGAAAGUCUUCUGAAGAAGCAGGAUGCACCAUACGGCGCCGUGGUAUUUACCUUGGGGCCUGAAGCUGGUGCCACUACCGAUACCGCCAGGACAUCCGGCAUCCGGUCUACCCAAUCCCGGAUUGCAUCUAUUGGCACCCUUACCGGGCAUUUAUGCUCCGGAACCACGAAAGAUCGAUUUGAAGCCCCUUCGCGAAACAACGAUACCACUGCCCGCCUCGAAGGUUACGGAAAAACGAAAAGCCGAGGAGGCCGAUACCAGCAAGGACUUGAAAAAGGCGAAAUUGGAAACGAAAGCAUUGAAAGCAAAGAGGCCAGGAUUCACCGACGAGCGUUACAAUGAGACUAGCUAUUACGUGGAAAACGGGCUUCGAAAGGUAUAUCCCUAUUACUUCACAUUUACAACGUUCACGAAAGGCCGAUGGGUCGGCGAGAAGAUCUUGGAGGUCUUUGCGAGGGAAUUUCGUGCCCAUCCUGCGGAGGAAUACGAGAGAUGUAUACGUGCUGGUACGCUCACCGUCAAUUAUCAAAGGGUGGACGUGGAUUAUAGAUUGCGACACAACGACCUUCUGGCUAACAUCGUUCAUAGACACGAGGUGCCUGUCACCUCGGAGCCGAUCACGGUGAUACACAUGGACGAGGACGUCGUCGUGGUCAACAAGCCCGCCUCCAUCCCUGUACAUCCCUGUGGACGUUAUCGACACAACACGGUCGUCUUCAUUUUGGCCAAGGAGUACAACUUGAAGAAUCUUAGAACGAUCCAUAGGCUGGAUAGAUUGACCAGUGGAAUAUUACUUUUUGGUAGGACACCUAAGAAAGCAAGACAAAUGGAACAUCAGAUAAGAAACAGACAGGUGCACAAACAAUACGUGUGCCGGGUCGAAGGUGAAUUUCCGGAGGAAGAAGUGGUCUGUUCAGAACCGAUCGAGGUCGUUUCCUACAAGAUAGGUGUUUGCAAGGUAUCCGAAAAGGGCAAGGACUGCGUCACACGUUUCAAACGGUUGAGUUACAAUGGAAAAUCUUCAGUGGUACUUUGCAAACCUCAAACCGGUCGUAUGCAUCAAAUACGAGUUCACUUACAGUAUCUCGGUUAUCCCGUGGUGAAUGAUCCUCUUUACAAUCACGUAGUCUUUGGUCCGCACAAAGGAAAGGGCGGUAAUAUCGGUAAAACCGACGAGGAGUUGGUCAGAGAUCUCAUUAGCAUUCACAAUGCCGAGAAUUGGCUUGGCAUGGAUGGGGACUCUGAGAUGAGUCUGUUCAAAUCGAAACUCGACAUGGAGGAACGCGAUUUGGCUGGCAACGAUAAGAACGUUAACUCCUCGCCGGAGGAAGCAUCUUCGACGGCUACAUUGUCCGAGGAGGAACGGCCCCAGCAAGAACUUAAGUCUCUCAAAGUGACGGUUGGAACACAAACGGGUUCAGAGCCGCCCGAUCAAAGCUUCGCCAACGAUAAGGUCAUCGUCGAUCCCCACUGCUACGAGUGCAAAGUCAAAUACAGAGAUCCAAAACCAUCGGAUCUAGUGAUGUACCUUCACGCGUGGCGUUACUGCGGACCAGGCUGGGAAUACGAGACACCACUUCCUGCGUGGGCAGCCAGCGAUUGGACGGCCGAUGAUCGAUAGUUUACGAAGAUAUUGGGAAAUGCGUGUAACGCGAUAUAUCGACCAAUAAUUCCCGAUGAACGAUCAUCGCGAACUAUCAUCGUGACCGACCCUUCAACAAUUUUUUUGAUAUCCUUACCCCGUGCCUUCCAUCCGCGAACGAGCGAUCGUGACCAUCGUACGUGACUUUGUCCGGAAAGUAACGAGACUUGCAAUAUUCAGAUAACGUUUUCACAUUCACUCCUCGACGGUUCAAAAAAAAAAAAAAAAAAAAAGAAUAAAAAAGGAAGAAAAGAAUAAAUAAAAAAAAAAGUCAUAAUGACGAUAAUAAAACGAAGAAAAGCCACGAAGGAAGGAUUAAGAAAAAAAAGGGAUAUUUAUAAAAUAUCUUCGCGCUUUUUUUUUCUCUUCGCGAAUAGCUUAGCUCCCCAAAUUUUCAAAUACAUAAGUAACACAUUUUUUACUUAACGCGCUUGUAUCUUAAUAGAAAAUUAUGUGCAAACGAAGGAGAGAAAAAAAAAUAAAAAUACGAAAACGUACGACGGCAAAAGUUUCAGCAGUGCGCUUCGCUUGCCGUGUAGAAAAAAAAAAAUUAAAUAAGAUAAAAUGAAAGAAAAAAAAUAAGAAGAUUCAUGAUCAAAGUAAUAUAAUAUGAGACAAUCGACUGUUGAACCGUCGGGAAAUGAUAGUUAGGGUCGUAAUUAAAAAAUGUGUUUAUCACGCGUUUACGUAAAAAAGAACACGGUCUCGUUAUUCUCUGAAUAAUUUUUGGUACAUAAAAUAUCGCCCCCUUUAACGCGUUGUGUAAACAGUCGUGCUCGAGAGAAAGAGAGAGAGAGAAUGAGAGAGAGAGUGAGAGAGAGAGAGAGAGAGAGAGAAAGGAAGAAUGAUACCUGGAACAUACAUGGUCAAGAUUCAAAUCGUGGGUCGUAUUAUAAAAAAAAAAAAAAAGAAAGAAAAGAUAAUUAUCCUAAACCACAUAAAAAUCUACAUAUUUCAUUAUAAAUUUCAACGUGUAACGCACAAUUAUUACAUUAGUCGGUUCAAAUUUUUUCUUCUCUUUUUUUGUUUCUUUUGUUUUGUUUUUUUUUUUUCCUUUCAAUUCACCUCACGAAUCGACCCCAUUGCAAGAGACCAUUUUGAAUUUUUAUCGGACAUUUCGUGUGAAUUAGGUCUGCCAUUUUGUUCGACGUAAACGUAGACGAUGAAAAUAGAGAGGAGCAACCAAGAAAAUUGUUUUUCUUGGCUUCGACAGAUAAAAUACGCAGAGAGAAAUCGUAUCUGCUUGCUAAAAGAGAGAAAGAGGUAGAGAGGGAGAGAGGGAGGGAGGAAAAGAGGAAAGUUAGGAAAGAAGGAAUGUGAGUGUGAGUUUGUUAUUCCAUAAAUUUCAUUUGGUAGGCCCUCUAAUAAGAGAGAAGAAAUAAAACAGGAAAUCCCCGUCUGAGAGAACGAUUUGAAGUUUUGCGACGUCCACGUUUUCGAUCGUGAUCAUCAUCAUCAUCGUAUCUUCCUCGUUGUAAUGCUCCGAGUCGCAUAUUCGCAGGGGGUUACUCUGAGAUACGCGUAGGAAACUGCGAUAGAAUAUACAUCUAUUUUUAUGGCAGAUAUAUACAGGAAAACUAAAUAAAUGGCGCAGCUCCAGCGAUAGGGGGUCUCGAACAAUAAACGUGAUCAUGCCAAAGAGCAAGCAUCGGCGAGCUUUUAAUCAUAUCGUGUACAUGUACCUUUGAGGCAGCGGCGACGAUGACGGCGACGACUACAUUGCGCGACAAAUGAUUGUCGAUAUUAUCCGCGAGUGCUAGUCGUCGUUAUCGUACAACACAGACACACAGAUUUUUGCAAGUACAAGAAAAUAUAAAAGAAAAAAAUUACAAAAAAAAAAGAAAAAAAAGAAUAUAUAUAUAUGAAAUAAAAAAUAUAAUAAUAAUAAUAAUAAUAAAAUAAUAAAAUAAUAAUAAUAAAAUAAUAAUAAUAAUAAUAAUAAAAUAAUAAUUAUAAUAAUAAUAAUAAUAAUAAUAAUAAUAAUAAUAAUAACGUGUGAAAAUGAAACGCGUGAGUAACCGUGCUACAAUUAUUUUAUUACGAGUCGCGUUCGUUUCAUUAUCGAGUAAACGUGGUAUUUAGGCUUUAGAAUACGACUUCUGAGCGUACGAGUUCUGGAUCAAAGGGUAAACAAGGACGACGACGAAGACGAUCACGACGACAACGACGACAUAUAAAAGGAAUCCUUUGAUUCAGUACCGGGGGCUGAGAUGUACUGGAUCUCUAACAGUACAUGCUGUAAUCGAUAAAUCUUUGAGAAUUGAGAUAGAAAGGGAAAGACACGAAGAGAUACAAAGGAAAGAGGGAUUAUAUGAUGAAUAGGAAGAAUGAUAACGCGUAAUAACAACGGACCUAUCAUAAAAGACAGUGUGUGCGCUUACUAACUCUACAGGUGCAGCUUGCUGUUAAAGCGAGUUUACCCGAAUUUAAUGAUAGCUUAAAUCUAUUUAAGUAAUUGAUAAUAUUAAAAACCGCAAAAAGACAGUCCCGAUCGAACGGCACAGAAGAUGAAGACGAUACGAAGACGAAGAGACGAGGAUAAGAAUAAGAAUAAGAAUUAAAAAUAAAAAUAAAAAUAAAAAUAAAAAAAGACGCCGGUAUGAAUACGCGCUUUUAUAUAUAUGUAUGCAAUGUAUGUAUACAAUACAUGUAUAUAUAUUGUAUACGCACAUCGUACCGCAUUGACGAGCGGGCCAUCAUUAUUACCUGUACCGUAGUCGGCGGAACAUUAGUGUUAGUGAAUUUUCUUGUAUAAUGAACGAAUAAAUGCAAAAAAAGUAUCGUUCGAUAUAUAGAAAA